AUGUAUUGUUAAUGAUUAGGAGCUGUCCAGUUAAUGCAUGCACUCAAUAUGAACCAAGGACAUUCAGUGAAGAGGAACAAGAGAGAGUUUGGAAGAGUGAAGAGAUGCAGGAAUUCAUGAAGAAUGUAACACCAAGAAUGGAAUUGUGUUUGCAGCAGAAUGAGAUUAUGGAUAUAUUCCCUGAUGACUAUCUCCUACUGUCCAAUGAUGAUGGGAUUGUUGCUAACACAACUGACACUAAUCUUAAGGAGUAUCAGUCAUUCACUGACCUCAAGUUCAGUAAAGAUAAAGUUGUGACUUGUAUUGACUGGCAUCCAACAAUCAAAGGUCUGACAUACCUACACU